GAGAUUUCAAGAAAAGUUGAAGUUGGUGGAUAUAGACUAUAGUCAUCAUAUCAUAUAUUUAAAGGUGGGUAGAGGGGCAAAUUUUUUUAGCAAACACAAUAGUUUUUUAUUUAUUUAUUUUAUAACUUGUUAGUAUAAUAUAGGGAUGGGAAGACAACCUUGUUGUGACAAACUUGGAGUGAAAAAAGGUCCAUGGACAGCUGAGGAAGACAAGAAACUCAUCAAUUUCAUUCUUACAAAUGGCCAAUGUUGUUGGCGUGCUGUCCCUAAACUUGCCGGUCUUAGGCGUUGUGGCAAGAGUUGUCGCCUACGAUGGACUAAUUAUCUUCGACCAGACUUGAAAAGAGGACUUCUUAGUGAAGCAGAGGAGAAAUUGGUCAUUGACCUCCAUGCUCGCCUCGGAAAUAGGUGGUCUAAAAUUGCUGCAAGAUUACCAGGAAGAACCGACAAUGAGAUAAAAAAUCAUUGGAACACACAUAUUAAGAAAAAGCUUCUCAAAAUGGGGAUUGAUCCUGUUACACAUGAACCACUAAACAAAGAAGAAAAUCCAACUGAUCAACCAAUCCAAGAAUCUGAUCAAAAUAAAAAUAAUGGCCAUCAGCAGGUAGUGGUUGUACCGGAGAGUACAAGGGUAACUGCAGCAGUCACUUCUUCAGAAUUAGAUAACUCUUCUACCUCAUCUUCUUCUGCUUCUUCGUCUGAAAACUCUUGUAACGAAUCCAACCUUGCUCUUGAAACGUUUAACAAAAAUGAUCCACUUCUGAGCUGCCUACUGGAAGCUAAGGAUGCUCCUCCACUUAUCGAUUCAUCCUGGGAACUUCCAGUAAAAAGUUUCGAUAAUAUCAACAACAACAACAACAUAACAUCGUUGUGGGACGAUGGAAGUUUCAAUUGGCUAUUGGAUUGUCAAGAUUUUGGGAUCCAUGACUUUGGUUUUGAUAAUUGCUUCAAUGAUGUUGAAUUGGAGGUCUUUAACACUAUAUAUGACAUGGAGAACAAGAAGUGAUUAUCAAAAUUAGUCAUGAAUAUGGGACAUAACCAAAGAAAAUUAAAUUUAGUUUUUCUCACAA